AUGUCUGAUUUUGAAUCAAACCCUUUCGCUGAUCCACGUAAUCAGCAAAGUCCCUUUUCGGAUUCUUCUGUGCAGCAAGCAGCUAGAUCAGGAGGACAACAGGGAAAUUUAGAUGACUUCAAUCCUUUUGCAGGUGGCACUCAGACUCAACCUGCUUACCAGGGUGCUGGGGGUGUUCCUCCUCCACGAUCGGCCCAGGCUCAGCCUGCAAUUAUGACUCCGUCUGAUGCUCCCCCACCAUACUCACAGACCGGUGCUCAGAAAGUGGACACAAGUGAACUGCAGAGAAGACAAGAGGAACUAGAGAGAAAAGCUGCAGAAUUACAGCGGAAGGAACAAGAGAUGAAAAGCGCACCAUAUGCAGGAAAGCGUGAAAACAAUUGGCCGCCAUUGCCCAAGUGGUGUCCUGUGGGGUCUUGUUUUUAUCAGGAUUUUAGUGUGGAUAUACCUCUUGAAUUCCAGCGCAUCGUUAAGUUUGCAUACAUCUUGUGGGGAUUUCAUGUUCUAGUCCUGUUUCUCAAUUUGAUUGGGAGUUUGGCUUACUUCAUUGUUGAAAGUGGUGGAGGAACUACAUUUGGGCUGUCAAUUCUGUGGUUUGUUUUGUUCUCACCAUGCUCUUUUCUGUGCUGGUAUCGCCCACUGUACAAAGCAUUCAGGAGUGACAGUUCAUUCAAUUUCUUUGUGUUUUUCUUCAUAUUUUUCUUCCAAUUCUGUGUCUAUGUGGUCCAGAGCCUAGGAUUCACUGGCUUUACAGUAGGUUGGAUUAACGGGAUCAAGACAGUGACAGAUAAUCCAUCUGCAGGAGCUGUCAUGCUUAUAGUAGCUUUUUUCUUCUCUGUGGAGGCUGCUUUCUCGUUUUUUUUGCUGGUUAAGGUGCAUCGUAUCUACCGCAGCACAGGGGCUAGCUUCCAGAAGGCACAGGCUGAAUUUGCCUCCGGCGUGAUGAAGAAUGAGGCUGUCCGAGGAGCAGCAUCUGAUGCUGCAGCAGGUGCUGCGAGGACUGCGGUGUCCGGAUACACCAGCAGUGAGAGCCGAUACUAA